CGCAGUCGAAGAAGAGGAACAAGCCCUAUGCGAUCUGAACCUACAAAACAACGAAUAAAACUAUAUUGUAAUAAGUUUCUCUUUUUGUACUCGAACCGCGUUCUUCAAUUUCAAAAAUAUAUCUGGCUGGCGACCUUGAGGGAGCGUUUUUGCCGUGCCUCACUUCUGGUUAUUCGCAUAGACAUUUCCGCGCUUGAUAAACCUGCAGACUAAACACAUACUUGCCAAAGGUUGAACGUCACAUAUAUCUUAGAUGUUUUAUAGCAUCGAUUUGCUUUCAGCUCAUCGAGGGAAAUUCGGGAUUAUAUGGCUGGCAGCUACCAGGGUAAGAAAACAGCUUUCAAGAAAGGAACUAAAUUCUGUCAAUAUUGUUACUGCUUGCAAUGAAAUAACUUCAUAUAUUCUAGGAGAGACACAAAUUCGACUCUCAUUGUACUUGGCAUCCCAGUUGACGUUCGGUAUCUGUAUCAUCUAUAGAGAAAAGACUGUUGUUAUGCUACGUGACUUGCAAGAGCUUAGUCAGAAAGCUUCUGCAACUACAAGCCGGUCCAUUGACCUACCCAUUUGUACUAUAUCUCGUACAAAGCGUAAAACUAGCGUACCGAUUGAUGAUCCUGAAGUACCUCUGUGGGAUUUGUACAACGAAGCAAAUGAUUUUGGGAAUCUUCAGUUGCCUGAUUUGUUUUGGCCUAGUAUCAAUGAACCUUGUCUGGAUUUCAUGGACACACAAACUCUGUAUCAAGCGCGAAAUGAAGACAUAACUUUAGUGGAGGACCCUUCGGUCGAGACAACUGGUGCUCGUUUUUCUUUUGAAGAAGAUUUGUUGCCGGAGUUUAUCUUUGAGUCGACAAACCGUGGUGAUCAUACCACUCAACCAGUAGAUUUAAUUCCCAUUGAGAUUCCAAAUGAAAAGAGAUACAUUUCUAAACAUUUGGUGUACGAAAAUAAAGCUGAAGUUACCGAAUACUCUGUAGUAGAGAGAUCAUGUUAUUCAGAUAAAACUCAAAGGCCCAUAACAACAAUACAAGAAAACAAUGUAAUAUUCGAUUCCGUAUCAAAUCAGUUUGUUCCCGUAUUUACAGAAACAGUGAACCCCUCAAAGGAUUUGACUAAUGUGGAAACGCUUGCUCAAGGAAGCGCUGAUGUAUGCACAGUUUCACAGUCGUCUGAUAUACCUAUGGACUCAGUCAAUCCAAUUUCAACUAAUGUGGAUAGUGUAGUAAUACCUUCUGCACAUUUCAGCACCGAAAUAAUCAAUAAUUCUACUCAAUUGGUAAACAUCAAACAAUUGAAUGUUGUAUUAGAACAAGUUGAAUUGACUACAGAUUUUUUAACAGAAACCGAAAUGACUCAGAUAUUACCUCAGAAAGAAGAAAGGACUAGAACCUUGAGUAGUACUUCUGAGCAAAACGUAUGUCCGAUUUCGUUACAUCCUGUCGAAUCUGAGGAGGAUACUCAUCGUCGUCGUAUAAAAAAGCGUUCUAACAAACUCAUCAUUGAUGAAAUCACUCGAUUAACAGGAUCAGAAUUACGAUGGAACAUGUUACAUGGCGAGGAAACUAUGGUUACACGAGACGUUUAUCUGGCUGAAUCGACUCCUCGCAGUCAAACACAGUAUCUAUUGUCUCGGAGUAUUUCACGAUUAUUCUCUGUUCCUGGUAAUCUGGAAACUGCUCUUAGUUUAAGACUUUGUGAACUUUGGUGUUAUCAUCGGCGUUUAUGUGAAAAAUCUUUACAAAAAAGAAAAUUUAAUGAUAUGUCAGUAAAUAAUGAUAUAAUCCAAACUAAACGUCCUGCUAAAUCAUCAUCCAUAAAAAUGAAUGCUAUUACAGAAGAAAAUGAAUCUUCAGUAGAAAUUCAAAGACUUGCUGGAGAUCAUUCUACUUUAGUUGGAUCUGAUUCUCUUUUUGGAACUAGCAAUAUCAUUGAUGUAACUCAUAAUCAGACGAUUAGUGUGCGUGAAUCAUUAGUGCAAAUGAAAGAAUCUUUUGGGGGUGCUACUGAUCAACCUAUCCCAGAUAUUGUAUCAAAUUUACGUAAUAAUAUUGCUUCUGAAUCAACUCGUCAAGCUCUAGAUCUUCCUGUUUCAGGGACUUCAAUAUCUUUGCCUACUGAGUGUACAACAUUAAUUCCUGUAAUUGAAGAACCUGAAGAAAACUUGCAACAGCAAAAUGAGUUUGAUUCUAGGUCUGUUGUUCCUAAUUUAACUGAAGCAUUGCCUGACCAAUGUCCACUGCCUAUUGAAGUUUCUUCUUUUCCGGAAAAACAUUUUCAUGAUAAAUCACAAUUAUGGAGAUAUCUCUAUAGUCGACUAUUGGAGUCAAAUUCUUAUUCGAUUGACAUCGAAAACCUUUGUCCAUUGGGAUCCAGUAAAAAACAAGCAGCAUUUGUAUUUAUGACAUUGUUAGGUAUGAAAUGUAUUCAUUUUACCUGUUUUUUUCUUUUUUCCGUCACUAGUGAUGAAACACAGUUCAUAAUCCUUUGCAACUAGUAUGUCGACUUAUAAAACUUUGUAGACACUGAAUUCCAAAGAACCACUGCUCCGUUCAUCUUUUGCUUUCAAAGUUCUUAAGUUGAUUCCUAGCAAUCAAUCCUACAAUAAUUGGAUUAAAUCUUUUACUCUAACGUAAUGUGUGCGAAAACGUUUACUAGGAUAAAAGAGUUGUAAAUAUUCUUAGUUUAGUGAGGUGAAUGUAUAGCAUACUGACAGCCUUAAGUUAACCAAUUAGAUUUGCAAUUACGCCUCAUUUAUUUUGUGCGGAACUUGAAGUGCAGUGGUAGAUAACUUUUAUGGUGGUUCUUGAUAUGUUUGAAAUUGAAAACAAUGUCUAUUAUGCAUCCAAAAAGUGAAUUUUAGAUUAUGCUCAAGCUAAACUACAACACACUUUUAAGGCAGAAUAUAUGGUUAAGUACCUGAUGUAAUUCAGUAUGUAGCGAAUAGUACUUCGUGAGGUUGGAUAGUAUUUUCUCGGAUGAUAAAGAAUUGUAUUACAGCUGAUACCAUUUCAUGAUGAAAACUUCAACCGUAAUUUGUAAACCCAUCUCAGAACUCCAGCGUAACUCUUAAUACUUAACUCUAACCUUUUUGUCUUAUCACUAGUGUUAUUUGUUGACGACAUCUCUUUGAUGUGGUAAUCUUAGCUUAUUACGCUAAAUCGACUGUUAAUCUGCAAAACUUAACCUUUUUCAUUUACCAAAAAGAAUAAUUCGUCAUGUGAGGGUGGUUGAUUAUUCAGAUCCAAGCUAUUAUUCCACUGUCACAAUAUUGAUUAUUGCUGUUAACUGGUUAGCGUCUCCUGUUUACCUGAUAGCUCGCAUAAAGUCGUUAGCAGAUUAUGCUUUCACCUUUAAUAGUUUGAAAUUAUAUGAUGAAUGUUAACUUCACAUGGCACAUUUUCCCAGAUAACAAUUCAGGCGUUAGUUGGUCAUAUAGCUUACAUUUGAAGUUGAUAUUAGAAACUUAAGUGAACAUUGUACUAAUUGCAUUUGUUGAAUAUAAAUGAACCGGUAAUAUGGUAAAUAGCUCAUAUACCAAUCACAUUCAAUAGGAAUUCAAAGCUCUUUUUACUCAUUGCAAACAAAGGAGUUUUUCUCCUUUUAACUCAUCUCUAUUUAUUUCAGUUUCUUAUUUGUAACUCAAAUGGUUCAACAUUAACCUUUAGACGAUUAUUUUUGAAAUAUUCAUGAAAAUGAAUUGAAUUUAUAUUUCAUUUUCAUCAAGAACUGACAACCACUGAAAACCAAACAGCAAUAGACUGCUAACGCAUCCUAGUGUGAGGAUUAGUUGUACGUACUGAGAAUUCAGAUCGUGUCGGCAAAUACAACAUGUCACACAGAGGUCCUCAUAACUCGCAUAAUCAACAGUUGAACACAUUGACUGAUGUCACUCAAAAUCAAUGAAUAAUAUGUAUCCCUUCAGCAAUGAACUGUUCAUUGCUUUCAGGUUUUCAAUAAUUUCCAUAAUCUUUAUCUUGAUAACUUUGAAUUAUGUUUACAUUUAAUUUAUUUAUUAAAUUUCCUUGUUAUUUUAGAGUUUGCCAAAAAUCGCCGAAUUAUUUUAUCGCAAAGUAUAGCUUUUGGACCAAUUCUCAUAACAAUAAUACACUAAUUAUUAUGAAUUUUAAAUCCAUUAUAUAAUAUCUGUUAUACCGUUUGCUCAUGGAAUAUUAUUAUAAUUUUAUACAUUACGUUCUUUCUAUUAUUGUACUUUAUCAGUUUUAAUAAACAAAUUUCUCAUAA